AUGCGGAGAAGCAGACACAAGAUGGCGGCGAGCGGCGGCGCGGCGCGGCGCUGUUGGUGGAGCGGCGUGGGGCUGGCCCGGGCGGUGCGUGGUGUCUGCGGGAGCGGGAAGGCGACGGCGGCUGUGCGGGCGGAGGAGCUGGCGGAGCGGCUUCGGAAGAGCAACGAACAACAGCGAGAGAUCCCCAAGGACCCGACACAGCGAUGGCUCCGGGAACUUGCUGCACUGAGCCAGCAGCUGCAGCAGGUUCACCCCAACGUCCUGGCCAAGAUCCUUAAGCAGAGAACUGUAUACCAGAGUGAGGAGAUUGUGGUGAUAGACAAACCCUAUGGGCUCCCUGUGCACGGUGGCCCCGGCAUCAAGAACUGCAUCGCUGAUGUGCUGCCCAUUUUGGCCAAGAUGCUGGAGAACAUGAAAGCUGAGCCCCUCCACCUCUGCCACCGUCUGGACAAGGAGACCACGGGUGUGAUGGUGCUGGCACGGAGCAAGGAGGCAGCGGAGAAGAUCCGUCUGCUCUUCAAAACACGUCAGGUGGAGAAGAUCUACUGGGCAAUCGUCCUGGGGGACCCAGACCCUGUUGAGGGCAUUGUGGAGAUCCCCAUUGUGGAAAAGGAGGUGCAGAGCAACCAGUCCCACUACAAGAUGACGCUGGCUCCCAACUACCGCCUGUGUCCGGAGGAUGGGAAGGUGAUGAAAAUCCGCAAGAACAGGAACGCUGAGAGGGCAGUGACUCGGUACCGCAGGCUGGCCGGUGCCUCUGCCUGCUCGCUGCUGGAGCUCCAGCCCAUCACUGGGGUGAAACACCAGAUCCGGGUUCACCUGGCCUAUGGCUUGGGAUGCCCCAUCCUGGGGGAUCACAAAUACUCACACUGGAGCAAACUAGCGCCCCAGAAGCUUCCCGAGCUCACCCUGAGGAGGCUGAAGCUGGAACAGAGCAAGGCUCGGCGCCUGCCCAUGCACCUGCACGCCCACCGGCUCUGCCUGCCCCUGGGCCAGCCCUUAGACUUUGUCUGCAAACCACCACUCUUCUUCCAAAAAACUCUGAGGAAGCUAGAGCUGGACAUCCCUAAGAACUGAUGAGGCAGGUCUGGAAUGGUGCCAUGUAUCUCCACAUCUCCAGCACGUGCCAGCAGCUGUGCCCACCUUCGAGCCAGUGUGGGGUGAAGCCUACAGUCUCUGUGCUCGUGCUGAUGUUGCUGGAUUCAGAGUGGGUGCCUACAUGGUCUUCUGGCCCAGGAAAGCAGCUGGACUCACUGAAGAGCCUCUAGUUGAGAUGAACAAGGCUGGCCAGAAGUUGGGCUUUGCCUCAUUUGUGUUUUGAACUUGCCUCCAGGCAAUAAAAGCUCCAGUUUUCUUGAGGGAAAGUGUUCUGUGUCUCUGUGCUCUGGCCAGGUGGGACUCAGUCCCUGUGUAGGUUUCAGCAGACCUGGUUGCAGAUUUUGGAACUGUCACUUGUCUCUCCAGAGUUGUUUAGCUCAGAUUUGGAGAGUCCCUUUAUUGGAAAAUCCAUCAAAAGUGCAAUUUGGCAGUGGCUCUGGUAUUUUUUAUUUUUUAUUUUUUGCUGUGCUGGGAGACUGCACAGGGAGUUCCUUGGCUUGGCUGGGCUGAGCAGCUCUGAUACUGGCCCUGAUCUGUGCUGCCAGCAGCACUGGUGUGGGUUUCUCAGUACUGUGCUGCUGGGAAACUUCUGUCCCACUGCUCCUUCAGUUACCCUAUCCCUUAUUUCUAGAACCCCUUAUUGGCAUCCCCCGCCCUUGGGAGAUUUCCUUGGAGCCAGAUUGUUCCCCCUGUGCCCUGAAAGGAAGGCAAGAGGAGGGUUGAUGAUCUGGGAAACUGCAGCUGAUGUUCUGCUUCAAAAUUACCUCACUUGGUGUCUCCUGACCUGUCUAAGUAGCUUGGGGCUGGGCAGUGGGAUGUUCUCUGGCCUCUAGCUGGUUUGGGUGCUGGAAAGGGCCUUUUGUACCCUAAGGGCCCACCGCGUAUCUGGCUGGGGCUUCUAGCUGUGGGAGGGCCCAUUCCCCGGGCUCCCUGCUGAAAAUAGCU